GAGGAAUAGUAGAGGGCGUGUGUUUUAGUAAUCAGAUAAGCAGAGAGUCCCUGAGCCGAGCUGACGCGAGCGAGGGCAGAGGGAAAACUGCACGCGCGUUCAAGCCACUUCUGUAACGGGGACGAGAUCAGAAUAAUCAUCUUUUUAUUUCAUUUUUAAGGCGAAUAGUUACAACUUUAACUAUUAAGUAUCAGGUUGUUUCCAAACACCCCGAGUGUACGAGUGUUUUUGCAACAUAUUUUGAACGGAUCUAGGCGGUUACGCAGGCUUUUCCAAACCUCGGCGGAGUACCAGCAGUGGAUGGCAUUCGUUUGCAGUGUUAAACCGUCUGAGACAUGUGACUGAUUGGAAGCCCCUUUGAAAGUCCCUAACUCGAGAUCGUUGUCAGCAGACAAUGGUUUGGUGUCAUGAGCGUGUUCAUCAGAUUAUGAGGGCUGAGCAGAGCGAGAGUGACGGAUAGCAUGGAGACCCCUUUCUAUCAUGAUGACACCCCUGACCUUCCCCAGCUGGAAGCACUCCCACAAUAUCCAAGGCACCAGACCCACAAGGUGAUGAAUAAGAGAAACAUGGCCGGUCAGAGUUUUCCUGCUGCUGUGGGUGGUUCCUCUGGGCUGAAACUCUUGCAGGAGCAGCCUGCAGGUUCAGGGGCCAACUGCAGGGCCAGCCCCACUGGCGUGGGCAUCAGCGGCGGUGCCAGCGGCCCUCUGCUGGCUGCGUCCGACAUGAGUCUCCUGAAGCUGGCAGGACCUGACCUAGAGCAUCUCAUCAUUCACUCCCCCCAGGGCAGGGGAAGCACCAGUCCUUUCCUCUACCGUGGCCAGGUGACCAAUGAGCAAGAAGGCUUCGCUGAUGGUUUUGUAAAGGCUUUGGCCGACCUGCAUAAACAGAAUCAGCUGGUGGGGGCCCCCAUUUCUCCGUCUCCCCCUGUUCCGGGUGCUUACCAGAGGGGUGUGGGCCUUACGGGGGAGAUGCCUGUAUACACCAAUCUUAGCAGCUACAGCCCUGCCCAGAUGCCGCAGUCUGCGCAGUACCCUCCCGGGCCCUUGGCUUACCCUGGCACUACACACAGCCGUGGCCCCGACGAGCCACAGACGGUCCCCGAUGUACCCCACCCACCCGGGGACUCUACUGGCCCCUCGCCGCCAGCACUGUCACCCGUCGACCUGGAGACGCAGGAACAGAUCAAGGCGGAGCGGAAGCGGCUGCGGAACCGCAUCGCUGCCUCCAAGUGCCGCCGGCGCAAGCUGGAGCGCAUCUCGCGACUGGAGGAGAAGGUGCGCACGCUCAAGGGCCAGAACGCCGAGCUGGCCUCCACCGCCGGCCUGCUCCGCCAGCAGGUGGCGCAGCUCAAGCAGAAGGUGGCCAACCAUGUCACCAGCGGUUGCCAGAUCGCCGUGAGCUCUGCCUCGGCAGCCAAGAGCGGGGAGGCUUCCGGCUGCUGAACCUGCUGGGUGGGUUAGCUGCAGGGGUGGGGGCGGG